AUUGAAAUAUAAAUUUCAUUUUACAGACAUUAUUAUUGUAAAAAAAAUGGUCUAAGAUAUAAAAGUGAGUUAUAACAUUUAUAUACUAUAUAUUUAUUUAUAAUUCACAGUCAUUUAUGUAAUAUACAUAUUACUUUUGUAUAGAAAUGAGUAUUCUAUUCUUAGUCAAUGGUUCAUCUAAAUCAUUUCUGUUUUCCAAUUUAUUCAAAAGUGAAAUAAAUGUUUCCUUACAGACAUUUUGUCAUUAUGAAACAUGUAUCUAAAACUUUAUUUAUCUUAGAUAAGGAAAAGUAUAACAGUCGAAUAUUAACAAAAUAUAAACCACUUCUGUUCCUACUAAACAAUACAUAUGUACAUAUAUUAGUUAAUACUAGCUAUCUUGUGAAACAUAUGAUUAGUUUCUUUGGAUGUACUUUUGUUUUAACAAAAUCAAUAUAAAAAUGUUCAUAGAUUUCAUUAUGUAUUAUGAAAGAAAAUGAAAUCAAUUAAAGUAAACCUAAUAUGUACAUAUGUAUUUAAAAUCAGACUUAAAAUAAUUGUUUGACCGGAAAAAUUUUAAUAAACAAUAUUUUAGAGAAAUAUAUUUAAUAUUAUAAGAUAAUUUUGUACGAUCGCGUAUUUUAGACAUAGUAUUACUGUAAUAUCUGACAAAACAUCAAAGUGCAAACUCAUAGCUUUUCGUAAAUAUGUCACGUAAGCAUUUUUAGAAGAUAUAAUUUCUAGGAACAUUUGAUUGUAGGCUUUAGUAAAAUUCAUUUUGACGUUGAACACAGAUCCGAUAAGGAGUUAUACUUCGCUUCUCAUGAUGACCUCUACUCUCAUCUAUAUAGAGAUGAAAACUUUCGUCAGUAAUACAUUGUCAACUUCACUGAAAGCGCGGAAUUUUAUGUAUGACUAACGUCAUAAACGAUAUCGAUUUAUAUCUUUAAAUUAAACUUAAGAAUUAUUUGAUUAUCUUCUUCGGUUUAACUAGCACAACACGUAUAUUUUUAAAACGUACAUUUGUACGUAAAUAUGUAUACACACAUAUAUACAAAAAUUUAAAAGCCAAAUCUGUUUUAGUGCAUAAUUGGAAUAAAAUUAACACGUACAAAUUAAAAAAAAAUUUUCUACGUAUAUUAUUAAUCAUUAUUAUUAAUAAUCAUGAUUACAAAUGAUAAAAUUGUUUAUCUAUCAGUUUUUGAGAUAGUUAAAUUACAUUUUCUCUCUUUUGUGUAUGGCUUAUAUUUAAUAGUGAAAAGAUUUCCUAAGUGGGUCUGGGAUCCUAAGAAGUUUUUUAUGAUGCAACAACGAGAUAAACCUCCACCUUGUCUUGUGGACAAUAAUUUAGGAACUCAUUCUUAUGUAAAAAUCAAGGGUGUAAAGUUCCAUUAUGUAGAAGCUGGAAAUAAAAAUGAUCCACUUAUAUUACUUUUACAUGGAUUUCCUGAUUGUUGGUUAUCUUGGAGAAAACAAAUACCAUGUCUUACUCAACAUUAUAGAGUAAUAGCAAUAGAUUUGAAGGGGUUUGGAGAUAGCGAUAAACCAGCAGCUAAAAGUUGUUACAGAAUACAAGUACUAAUUGAGGAAUUGAAACAAUUUAUUUUAACUCUUGGAGUAAAGCAAUGCAGUAUAAUCGGUCAUGAUUUAGGAGGACUUUUAGGAUGGUAUAUGGUAGCCCUAUAUGGGGACAUGAUUCAUAAAUUUGUUGCAAUUUCAUGCCCACAUCCUAAUUUGUAUUGGAAUGGGAGACCUGGAGAUUCUAUUUUUGAUUUAAAAUGGAUACAUUUCAGUAGAUUACCAUUUUUGCCUGAAAUUGAUGCUCUUAAAGAAGACUUAUCAAUAAUAAAUGAUGCAUUUCAACAUCUUCAACUGAAUAAUGCAAACAAUGAGAAGGAUUAUGUAGAAGCAUAUAAAUAUGCAUUUAGUAGGAAAGAGGACUGGACAGGUGCAAUCAAUUAUUAUAGAAACCUUCCUUUAAUAAGACUUAAUACAGAUACCCGUGAUCAAAUUUCUACUCGAACCUUGCUUAUAAUUGGAAAUAUGGAUCCAAUUGUAACGAUAGAAAGUGUUGUACAAAGUUCUGAAUAUGUUGAGAAAUUUAAUGUGAAAGUAAUCUCUGAAGCUCAACAUUUUCCACACCAACAAAAACCAGAUACAGUAAAUGAAGCAAUCUUGAAGUUUUUUAUGGGUGCGAUAAAUCAUGUAGAAAAACCAUCAUCCAAAAACAUUAUGUCUUCAUGGUUUGGAUCUCUUGGUAAUACUGUCAAGUAUGGUAACCAUAUGUUUGAUGCUGUCCAUAAAAAGACCAGUGGAGUAGUUAGUGCUUUACCCAGUAAAGUAUUUUAUUUAGGUCAAACUACAAAUUGAAUUAUAUUUUUAUCUAUAUUAAAAUAUAGGACUUACCAGAGCCUGAA